AUGUUCGACUUCGAUGAUAUCGAGGCAGAUGUUGAGCAAAAGGGUGCAGACGCAUGGCGGGAGGGCGCCCAGGGCGUCCCCAGCGGGGCAGCCUUUGCACACCGGCGACCGGGCGCAGCGCCCAUCGAGGCGACGAAGAAGGUCAUCAUACGUGGCGUGGACGGCGCGCCGGAGCUGGAGGAGAAAAUCGGGGAGAUCAUGUCCUUUGCGGAUGGCAGGUAUUGCGUGAAGGUUAUGAACCUGAGUGGGCCAGGGGGCUACGUGCCUGGUGCGGCAGUGAAUGAGGGGGCACACAUGAAGUCCCUCCUCCCCGAAAACCUCGAGCUGCACCCUGACCAAGUGGAGAAGGACCGCCAGGCCGCUGAAGACGGAGCGGUCGUUCUUCUGGGUGGGAACGAAGCGGAGCGGGCAGCCCGUGAGGCACUCUACUCUUUGCGCAUGGACCCGCAGCAUUUCUAUGACAAGGCGGUGGAGCGCAUCCUGGCCUCAAGACACGAGUUUGAGGUUCUCAACCUCGAGGCGAAGUGGUAUGGCACUGACUUGAGCCUCAUCAAGAGGGCCUACCGCAGGAUCAGCGUGGGCAUCCACCCGGAUAAGAACAGCCACCCCCAAGCAGUGGACUGUUUCAGGAAGGUGUAUGGGGCCUUUGAGACUUUGAUGGACAAGAAGCAGCAGUGGCGGCUGCUGUUCAUCCUCAACAAGCUGAAGGAGGACGAAAUCGACCUAUUCGAGUUGGAGGCUGAGGAGGAUGAGCGCUUUGAGUGGUGGCUGGAAGCCAAUGUCCCAGAAAUCGAGAAACAGGCCGCAGAGAUCGAGGGCGGUGAGUUCGAAGAAAUCGGUGAGAAGUGGAUCUCCGAUGGGACCGGUGGCAACGUCAAUGAUGUAAAGUGGGCCGGCAUGGCCGAGAGUUUGCGGCUUCACGCUGAGGACAAGGCCGUGUUCAUUGACUGCAGGGAGCGUUUCGAAUUUGAGAUUGAGCAUAUCGACGGGGCGUUCAACAUCCCCAUGCGGGAGUUUGUGGACUUCGGCCUUGCGGGCGUUGCUGGCCCGUGGGUGAAGGAGGUCUUGAAGCGAAAAGACCAGCCGGUCAUCAUCUACAGCGAGGUGGCGACGCCCUUUUCCCGGUGCCGCGCCAUGUGCCGCUGGCUUCUGCGCGCUGGCGCCAAGUCUCUGCCCGCGGAGCGGCUGCGGCGGCUGCGGGGCGGCAUGUUUGGAUGGCGGCACAAGAAGGGCAAGAUGGUCCUGGCCAUCAAGGACAUCACCCCGGAACAGAAGGCCGCCUUGCAUCGAGCGGCCGCCAAGCAGAUCGGAGCGCUCAAGCCCGGGAUGGAGGUGAACCUCCGGGUGCGCGUGAGGUGGUUCGAGGAGCGAUACAAGUUCAACGGCGGCCCACCAUCGCCCAGCGCCAUGCUGCACGACUCCUCGGGCGGAGUGUUGGCGCACCUCACGAGCCCGGCGCAGAUCGCUGCUUGCCGGGCGGCGGCCUCACAGCAGGGGUCGCUCCUCGUGCACGGCGCCAGCGUGCUGCUGCAGGACAGCCAUCUCUUGGUGCGGCUGGGGCCCGGCGCACAGCUGGAGAAGAGCGACCGGGACUUCACCUUCGGCUUCGAGGCGAAGAACGUCUCCGAAGACGUGCGCGCCGAGGAGCCGGACGAGGAUGGAACGGCGUAG